GUGAUUUUCGAUGGCCGCGUGAAUAUCGAAACUUUCACGGACUUCAGCUUCCAGUUCCCUGAGGGCCUUCCACAGUUUCGAAACAUUAUCCCGCAGAUCGGCGAGGUCACUCGACUCGGAAACUUAGCGGAAAAAAUCGUGCUAUCAGCGUUGGACAAGCGCCAGCUCUGCUCUUAAAAACUCUUUGAUGUCACGACGCGUGUUUUACAAGAAAGAACGAGGAAAUUGUUUCGCGUCUCGAACCAAACGAAAAUCUGCUGCGCAACGAAGACGCAGAUGCAAAACUCAUUGGCCAAGGUCAAGAAACCUGAGGUCACUAGAAGGUCAAAUUGCCGUUGGUUCCAUCCAGGAGAUGUUGUCAAGCUGGUAAAGGACGUGAUGGUAGGAGGGGUUCGACCUCCACGGAAGAUCGACCCAAAAACGAAAGGCUAGGUUGCGCGCACAGGUAAGUUGGACGCACCUUUUGGGCCUCCCUGAGUAUAAUAACACCCCGCUGUUCAUCACUUUGUAUCCGGAAGUGCACAGUUGUGGCCCCUUCUACAAACCGAUCUUGUACCUCCGUAAGAGAAUCAUGAAGAUAUCGGCCAGAGUGCGAGGCGAGUGGCUUCAAGUCCCUUGCAAAGACGGUAACGUGACUGUAAGUUGGCUGGCCGAAGAGGCGGUACGUCGUUAUGUGCGGUUGCAUCCGGUCAGUGGGGACGUUCUUCUAGCGACCAACAACAACAAGCCGCGGAUGGUCGAGGUGCGCAAAACUGGCGGUUGUGUUCUACUCGAUCCGGAAGACAACGUCGUCGACGUACUCGACGACAAUGAUUUCGUUAACGUCAGGAUGGAGAACGAUCUACCAGAUGCUGUUGGACCUAGCACGAUCGGCCCGACAUCCAACAGCCAUUUCGAUUACACGCUGUCCGAUUCGAUGAUCCUCUCCGACAAAUUAGAUGCCGUGGCAAACGACCAAUUGACGGCGUCCUCGGAUUCCGACAUCGUUCUCGACGGUUAUCAUCUGACCAUCAAACAGUUGGUGUUGCUGAGCAAAGGGAACACUAAAAUCCGUUUGAGGAAGAUUGCCGAAGAUCGUGUGACAGCCGGUCGCCAGCUCGUCGAAGCCAUUUUGAAAGAAAAUAAGGUGGCGUACGGAAUAACAACAGGAUUUGGCAAGUUUGCAAGAACGGUCAUUUCUGCCGACAAGUUGGAAGAAUUGCAAGAAAAUUUAAUUCGUUCCCAUUCGGCCGGAGUCGGUCAGCCGCUUUCUGUGGAACGCGUCCGCAUGUUGAUGGCCCUGCGGAUCAAUACGUUGGCUAAAGGUUAUUCGGGCAUUUCAUUGAAAACCCUUAACCAAGUCAUUAGCGCCUUCAACAGCUCCUGUCUGCCAUGGAUACCUGAACAAGGGACUGUCGGUGCCAGUGGAGAUUUGGCCCCAUUAUCUCACCUGGCCCUUGGCAUGUUGGGCGAAGGAAAGAUGUGGAGCCGUCGUACCGGUUGGGCAGACGCCAAAUACUGCCUGGAGAGCAACGGACUGGAACCGAUUAAGCUGGGAGCCAAGGAAGGAUUGGCUUUGAUCAAUGGAACACAGUUAAUUACGGCGCUCGGAGCCGAAGCGGUCGACAGAUGCGAGUCGAUUGCCAAACAGGCCGAUGUGGUAGCUGCUCUUUCGCUCGAGGUCCUUAAGGGCACGUCGAGAGCGUUUGACAGUGACAUCCACCAGCUGCGCCCGCAUCCUGGCCAGAUCAACGUCGCCCGUCGCUUGAGAUCCUUGCUCCAUUCACAGGCUUAUCCGUCAGCCAUAGCUGAAAGCCAUCGUUUCUGCAACCGUGUCCAGGAUGCCUACACCUUACGAUGUUGCCCUCAAGUGCAUGGUAUCGUUCACGACACGAUCGAGUUUGUUCACAAAAUUAUCAAGACGGAAAUGAACAGCGCCACUGAUAAUCCCAUCGUUUUACCGGAACGCGGAGAGAUCAUCUCAGCUGGAAAUUUUCAUGGAGAAUACCCGGCCAAAGCGUUGGAUUACCUGGCUAUUGGUGUUCACGAACUGGCAUCGAUGAGCGAACGCCGAAUCGAACGUCUAGUAAAUCCCGUGUUGAGUGAGCUACCUGCCUUCUUGGUCCGCGAAGGCGGUCUCAAUUCGGGCUUCAUGAUUGCCCAUUGCACGGCGGCUUCUCUCGUCUCGGAGAACAAAGUCCUUUGCCAUCCGAGCAGCGUCGAUUCGCUAUCGACCAGCGCUGGAACUGAAGAUCACGUGUCGAUGGGAGGAUUCGCUGCCCGCAAAGCUUUACAGGUGGUCGCUAACGUGGAACACGUGAUCGCUAUUGAACUACUCGCCGCUUGCCAAGCCAUCGAAUUCCUGCGGCCAUUGAAAACGACCGUCCCUCUGGAGGAAGUCUAUCGCACCGUCAGAGCAGUCGUCCGUCCCUGGGAUAAAGAUCGUUACAUGGCCCCAGAUAUCGAAGCUGUUACCGCUUUGCUCAAGGAAGGCAAAAUAUGGAAUAGCGUCAAAGGCUACGUCGAUGCUGUCAAAGAUUAUCUGGAUUUGGAAUCGAGGGCCCCGUCACCCACAUCCGUUUCGUUGCCGCAUUCCGUGGCUCCGUCGUAUCUGGUUCACCAAGAUGACGAUGAAAAGAAUCCGCCCACUAAAAAACAUUGCGCCGAUCAUCAACACAAGGACAAUGAAUGAAAGACUUCAAAAGAAACACAUCAUUUUUUUUUUUACUUUGACGACAACAUGACGCAUUUGAAUCGCUUCUCAUUUGGAAAAAUUUUAGAUAAAAAAAAAAGAAAUGUCAGCUGCGGUGGUGGUGUUGGAUGUUUUACGACCGUCUUUUUUGACAUUCCAUUUUCCAGUGAUGACGUCAUCAGCCCGUUGAUAGCUGUCGCCAACUGGGCACCGUCCUAAAGUAUAUAGGUAGUUCCAGAAUUUAAAAGAACCAAAAUUUUAGAAAAUACAAAAAAAAAAAAAAUCUGGAUUAUUGUGUAGUCGUUAAUUUAUAUUUUACGACAUUGGCCACGUAAUGAUUCACUCUGAGGAUGCCGACCGUUACGCUACACACAUUUUGAACAUGUCUAUUUUGAACCAUAUGGUAGCAUCCAAUUGGACAGCACCAUUUUCUUGAAAUAAGAGAAUCGUAAGGGCGCCCUGUU